AUGGAAUCCUCACCCUCACCCUCACAACCAGAAACCUCCCCGCCUACUCUGCCCCCGCUCUUCACAUACCCCUCCUCCCACCCCCCAACCCUCAUCACCCAAGGCGCCGAAGCACUCCUCUACAAAUCUACAUACCUACUACCGAGUCUCAGCUGCGCGCUAAAAUGGCGCCCAUCAAAACCCUACCGGCAUCCAAUUCUCGAUCAGCGACUAACAAAAGCGCGGAUACUGGCUGAAGCAAGGGUAUUGGUUAAGUGUCGAAGAGAAGGGGUAGUGGUGCCUGCGGUUUAUGCUGUCGAUGAGGGGAAGGGAUGUUUGAUGGUGGAGUGGAUUGAGGGGGAGGUGGUGAGGAUUAGGUUGAAUGAGUGGAUUGGGAAGAAGGAUGGGAAGAAGGAUGGGAAGAAGGAUGGGAAGAGGGAGGUCACUGCUGGGGGAAGAGGGGAGUGA